AUGAAUCUCAAAUCAGUACGACACGCCAGAGGCAUUAAGAUCGCGAUCGAUCGCGGUGGUACAUUUACGGAUGUAAUCGCCUUUUACCCUGAUGGCACAGAGAAAAUAUUCAAACUAUUAUCAUCCGAUCCGAAAAACUACAAAGAUGCAGCAAAUGAAGCUAUCCGACGGAUCCUCCAAGAGUUUCAGGGACAGCCUCUGGAUAAGGAAACUCCCUUGGACCUUCGGGACAUUGAAUCGCUCCGGAUGGGUACCACGGUGGCGACCAACGCCCUUUUAGAGAGGCAAGGAGCCCGUACAGCGUUGUUUAUCACGAAGGGAUUCAAAGAUCUUCUCAAAAUCGGAAACCAAUCUCGCCCGGAAAUGUUCGCACUAAAUGUGCAACGACCUGGUCUCCUCUACAGCAAGGUUGUCGAAGUAGAUGAGCGAGUCACUCUCCAUGAAUCAACUUCCUAUCGACGAGGGGCAAAUGACAACAAGGUUAUCACAAAUGGCAAUGCCGAGAACGAGGAUGCUGACGUUUUCACUGGAGUCUCUGGAGAGAAAGUCAGAAUCAUGCAGAAACUCGACAGUGCGACCGUGGCGAAGGCGUUAAAACAGGUGUACGAUCAAGGCUUCCGCAGUGUGGCCAUCUGCCUCCUUCAUUCCUACACCUUCCCUGACCAUGAGAUGGCCAUCGCAUCAGAAGCAGAGAGGAUCGGAUUUACUCAGAUCUCCACCUCAUGUCGUAUUUCGCCCGCCAUUCGCAUGCUUUCUCGAGCCAGCUCGGCGGUGACCGACGCGUAUCUCACCCCUCAGAUUAGAGAUUAUCUCCAAGGAUUCGAAUCCGGAGUAAAGUCGGACAGUCUUGCAGAGGUCAAUUGGCGUAUCAUGCAGUCAGACGGGGGCUUGGUACAUCCUUCUAAGCUCUCCGGUCUCCACGCCCUCUUGUCAGGACCAGCCGGGGGCGUAGUUGGCUAUGCGCGCACUUGCUUCUCACCAGAAAGUCCAGUGCCUGUCAUCGGGUUCGAUAUGGGAGGAACAUCUACAGAUGUCUCACGGUACGCAGGUUCCCUGGAGCAUGUGUUCGAGACAGUUACUGCGGGUAUUCCCAUCCAAGUGCCACAGUUGGACAUCAAUACCGUUGCUGCCGGAGGAGGAAGCGUUCUCUCAUGGCGUAAGGGAAUACUCACCGUUGGCCCCGACAGCGCAGGAUCUCAUCCUGGGCCUGCCUGUUAUCGGAAAGGUGGACCAGCGACCGUUACCGAUGCGAAUUUGAUACUCGGUCGGAUCAUCCCUAGGUUCUUCCCAUCGAUAUUUGGACCGGAGCAGGAUCAGCCUCUGGACUCCUACGCCAGCUAUAAAAAAAUGGAAGCUCUGGCCCAGGAGAUAAACACCGACCAAGGUUCGAAUCUGUCAGUUGAAGACGUAGCGCAAGGGUUCAUCACCGUUGCCAACGAAGCCAUGUGCCGACCAAUUCGUGCAAUUACAGAAGCGCGAGGGUAUCGCACAGGCGAGCAUAAUCUGGCGUGUUUCGGCGGUGCUGGAGGACAACACGCUUGUGAAAUCGCAAAGCAGCUUGGUAUCUCUCGUGUCAUUAUUCAUAAGUACUCCGCGAUCCUGUCGGCAUACGGGAUGGCCCUCGCGGAUACUGUGCAGGAGGCACGUUUGCCUUAUUCGAAGGAGCUGUCGGACACGGAGAUUCUGACCUUACGACCUAUCCUUGAUGGUCUACGUCAAGAAACCAUCAAAUCUAUCAUCGAAAUGGAUCCGACAUGCAAAAGAACGAAGUCAAUCUACUUUUUGAAUCUGCGAUAUGAUGGCAGUGACACGUCUCUCAUGAUUGAAAAGCCAGAUGAAGACUGGGAUUUCCAGUCGGCUUUCGUUUCUCAUCACCAACGGGAAUUUGGCUUCACCCCGAACAACCGAAGCAUUUUAAUCGACGACAUUCGUGUUCGCACUGUUGCCGAAUCUGGAAAUGAGGUUGAAGGGGGGAUCUGGGAAAUCGACACCAUUUCUUUCCAAUCGAACAAGAGUCCUGUCGGAUACACUCAGGUUAGCUGGGCAGAGCUCGGCAUGACCAAAGUGCCGUUAUACUCUUUACCAGAACUGCAGGUCGGAGAUACAUUCAAAGGUCCAGCUGUGGUCAUCGACAAAACUCAGACUAUUGUCGUCUCCCCUCAGGCCGAGGUCAAAGUGCUCUCAUCGAUGUUAGUUAUUGACCUGCCACCUCCCUCAAUACCUAAGACAUAUGAGAGUGUCGAUCCCAUCAGGCUGUCGGUAUUUGCAAACCGUUUCAUGGGCAUCGCGGAACAGAUGGGAAGAGCUCUGCAGAAGACUAGCGUCAGCACGAAUAUCAAAGAAAGGCUUGAUUUCAGCUGCGCGAUCUUUUCAGCAGACGGAGGAUUAGUGGCUAACGCGCCGCAUGUGCCAGCCAUGCUGGGAAGUAUGGCCUUUGCCGUGAAAUGGCAGAUUCAACAUUGGGGCUCCAGGAUCAAGAACGGGGACGUGUUCUUGACGAACUCUCCGAAUGCAGGAGGUACUCAUCUUCCAGACUUGACCGUUAUCACUCCAAUUUUUGAUGACGGGGGGAGUGAGAUCCUGUUUUGGACCGCCUCGCGAGGCCAUCAUGCCGACAUUGGUGGAAUCGUUCCAGGGUCAAUGCCUGCCACGUCUCGUGAGUUAUGGGAGGAGGGAGCCGCAAUUGACACCAUUAAGAUGGUUGAAGAUGGGGUAUUUCAGGAAGAAGCUGUCAUUGAAGCUCUGCUGCAUGCACCUGCUCGCUAUCCAAACUGUGAGGGUGCCAGAUGCAUUGAAGAUAACUUGACAGAUAUCAAGGCUCAGGCAGCCGCAAACCAUCACGGUAUCAAGCUCGUGGGAGUGCUCAUCAAGGAAUACACUCUUCCGACGGUAAUGCUGUAUAUGAGUGCUGUUCAAAAGGUGUCUGAAAAUGCUGUCCGGCAGACUCUCAAGGACAUUUGUUUGGUGAAAGGCCAGAAUACAUUUGAAGCCGAGGACUUCAUGGAUGACGGAUCGGUCAUCAAACUGAGAAUCAAUAUCGAUGAGGCCGGAUGUGCUAUAUUUGACUUCAGUGGAACAAGCCCCCAAGCACACGGGAAUUGGAACGCGCCGCCAGCUGUCACUAACUCUGCAACCAUAUAUGCUCUUCGAUGCCUUGUGGCUUCUGAGAUCCCUCUCAAUCAGGGCUGCAUUCUCCCGGUACAUUUAAAGAUCCCGGAGCAUUCCUUGCUCUCACCAUCGCCCGACGCCGCUUGCGCAGCUGGAAAUGGCCUUACCUGCCAACGGAUCGUCGACGUCAUUUUCAAAGCCUUGGAAGUUUGCGCCGCAAGCAAUGGGUGUAUGGCCAAUUUCACAUUUGGGCUUCCAACAGCCAAUGGAUUUGGAUACUACGAAACGAUUGCCGGCGGCAGUGGAGCCGGGCCGUCAUGGGCAGGCGAGAGCGGAGUACACUGCCACAUGACGAACACGCGCAUUACAGAUGCCGAGAUCCUAGAACGGCAAUAUCCAGUGCUGCUGAGAGAGUAUAGUCUGCGGCCUGCAAGUGGUGGACACGGCAAAUUCCGUGGUGGAGAUGGCGUUGUGCGGGAGCUGGAGUUUCAAAUCGAUAUGCACGCCGGUAUACUCUCGGAGCGCAGGGUAUUCCGUCCAUACGGUAUGGCUGGAGGAGAGGAUGGAGCCCGUGGACUGAACCUUUGGAUCAAGAACAAUGGGCUCGUUGUCAACAUAGGCGGCAAGAAUCAGUGCCAAGUGAAGGCAGGCGAUCGGAUACGGAUUCUGACUCCGGGAGGAGGGGGGUACGGGAUUCAGGGAGAUGGGAAUGAGCCGAAUGAAACAGCAACCGGGUUGUCGUCUUUUACACCUCGUGCUUCUGGCUCCUAUCAUGUUAUGCAAGCACUCGCUGUAACAAAUUGA